AUGGAAGCAAACCGAAUUUGGCACAAGCCUGUGGUCGAGGUCUACUCGAACCUCAUCACGCCCGGCGUCUGUUGCUCUGCAACAGCUUACGACUUGGCUAAUCGCCGAUGGUACCAGCUCAACGUUGGAGAUCCGAUAGUACUGGAUGCCGACUGGCACCACGAUACGCGACUAGAUAAGAUACCUGACGACGAGUGGCUCAGCUCCACAGUCGAGAAGCAUAUCGAGGCAUACUACCGCUCGAUAGCCGCUCUUCCUCCCUGGAACACGAUCAACACGAACUCGAGCGGCUUCCCGGUCGCUUUCGAGCUCUCCGAGGAAGCCUUAGUCCGUAGGCCAAUUCUGGAGAGAUUCAGCUAUGGAUAUAAGCCUUCCGAUAAACUUCCGACAACCAGGUUUAAGCAACUACGCGAGAAGACAUAUCUUAGCCGAGGCGCCGACUAUUGUCUCUGGUAUGAUAGAAAAUGUGUCUUCAAGCGCAUCGAGUUCGACUGCGAUGUCGAAUCGCACGAGAACGAGAUUCAUACUAGGGAAGCCAUCAUCCGGUGCAUCGAGAGAGAUCCGGGAAGCGCCUCCAAGGAUCCAGACUACGUGAUGGAGAGCCUGUUUAACGUCGUGCCUAUCCUCGCCGUAGUCUUGCAUGACGAGACAAGCAACUGGAUCGUCUCGAGCCGGCCUGCCGAUGAGGAUCAUCUGCAUGAUGAAGAUACCAAACAUCAUAACCAUCAGGUUGCCGGAUUUCUUAUGCCUUACGUAGGUCGCAGUCUCGACCUGUUAGGUACACCGACCGCCGACUCCGAUAGGCUCGGACCUACGACCUCGACUUCUCCCGCGACAGACUCCUCAUCAACCACGACUGAUCUACCUAUCAACGAGGAACAACUUCUGGAUCUCGUCUGCGGUAUACAGAAGCUCUCGAGAUGCGGCAUCGUCCAUGGGGAUAUCUGUCAUUGGAACGUCGUCCUCGCGCAGCCAGCUCUACAGAUUGCGAGAUUGCUCUUGAUUGAUAUGGGAGACGUCGCCCCCGACUACGAAGGCGAUGCGGAUGCAUUGGGAAACUUGCUUCUCUGGUGCUUGGAACAUUCGACCGAGCUGAAGGAUGCUGCCGCGACGAGGAAGAGGAUCGUGAUCGCCGCGGCAUUGUCGAAGGGGGGGCAUCUAGACCGCGCUAUCGGAGUAUUAUCGCCGAGCAAGAGGGAGAGUAGUCUCAAGAGGCCGCCUCUUUCUGCCAACCAAGAUGUUGAGAGGAGACGUCUCUGA